UGACAAAGUUUUUAUAUCUCUAUUCAACCUAUGCCUCUUCUGGAGUUAGUCCUUUUUUAAAGGCCAGGUCAUAUUGCACGUAGAGGCUGUAACCAUGGUUUCUGAAAAUAAUUUUCUGUUUUUCAGGAAAAAAUAGAUAUGUCGACGUAUCCUGUUGAAAGCAUUAGAAACUUCAGUAUUAUAGCUCAUGUAGAUCAUGGCAAAAGCACGCUAGCAGACAGAUUGUUGGAAAUUACAGGAACAAUUGCUAAAACUGAGCGUAAUAAACAAGUGCUGGAUAAACUGCAAGUGGAACGUGAAAGAGGAAUUACAGUUAAAGCACAAUCUGCAUCUCUCUUUUACAGUCAUGAAGGAGUAAACUACCUCUUAAAUCUCAUUGACACGCCAGGCCAUGUAGAUUUCAGCUAUGAAGUAUCACGGUCACUGUCUGCCUGUCAAGGUGUGAUACUCGUGGUGGAUGCAAAUGAGGGUGUUCAGGCUCAGACAGUGGCAAACUUCUAUCUUGCUUUUGAAGCACAGCUUGCAAUAAUUCCUGUCAUAAAUAAGAUUGACUUGAAGAAUGCAGAUCCUGAACGAGUUGAAAAACAAAUUGAGAAGCUGUUUGAUAUCCCUAUAGAUGAAUGUGUAAGGAUUUCUGCUAAACAAGGAACAAAUGUUGAAAAAGUUCUUCAAAAGGUCAUUGAGAAGAUUCCACCACCCCACUGUAGUACUACUGAUCCAUUGAAAGCCUUAGUAUUUGAUUCCACAUUUGACCACUACCGAGGCAUCAUAGCUAACGUUGCGCUCUUUGGUGGGGAGAUUCAGAAAGGGCAUAAAAUUGUGUCCGCGCACACAAAGAAGAGAUAUGAAGUUAAUGAAGUUGGAAUUCUGACUCCAAAUGAGCAGCCAACGCAUAAGCUAUAUGCUGGACAGGUGGGCUACCUGAUCGCUGGAAUGAAAGAAGUAACAGAAGCCCAAAUAGGAGACACGCUGUUUUUGUAUAAACAGCCAGUGGAGCCUUUGCCUGGCUUUAAGUCAGCGAAGCCAAUGGUUUUUGCAGGGAUGUAUCCUGUAGAUCAAACUGAAUAUAAUAAUCUCAGAAGCGCUUUGGAAAGGCUGACGUUGAAUGAUUCCAGUGUAACUGUUCAUCGUGACAGUAGCCUUGCCUUAGGAGCUGGCUGGAGGUUGGGUUUCCUUGGUCUUUUACAUAUGGAAGUUUUUAAUCAACGUUUGGAGCAGGAGUAUAAUAUGUCUGUUAUUUUAACUGCACCUACGGUUCCUUAUAAAGCUAUUCUUUCCUCAGCAAAGUUGAUAAAGGAGUAUGGUAAAACAGAGAUUACUAUUAUCAACCCUGCUCAGUUUCCUGAUAAACUUUCAGUAUCUGAAUACUUGGAGCCAACUGUUCUUGGUACUAUUGUAACACCUCAUGACUAUAUUGGGAAAAUAAUUGCUUUGUGUCAGGAUCGUAGGGCAGUCCAGAAGGAUAUGUUGUACAUUGAUGAACACAGGGUUAUGCUAAAAUACCUCUUUCCACUGAAUGAAAUUGUGGUGGAUUUUUAUGAUGCUCUUAAGUCUCUGUCUUCUGGUUAUGCAAGUUUUGAUUAUGAAGAUGCAGGAUAUCAGGCAGCAGACCUGAUCAAAAUGGAUAUUCUUCUAAACGGAAAUCCGGUUGAAGAACUGGCAACGAUCAUACACAAUGAUAAGGCAUACGCUACUGGUAAAUUCCUGUGUGAACGUUUAAAAGAUGCUAUACCUCGACAGUUGUUUGAAAUAGCCAUCCAGGCUGCUAUUGGCAAGAAGAUCAUUGCAAGAGAAACGCUGAAAGCUUACAGAAAAAAUGUUGUGGCAAAAUGUUAUGGUGGAGACAUUACAAGAAGAAUGAAGCUUUUAAAGAGGCAGGCAGAAGGGAAGAAGUUGAUGAGAAAAAUCGGCAAUGUGGAAGUACCAAGAGAUGCCUUUAUACGUGUUCUAAAGAGACAAACUGACAAAUAGACAUCCGUGACAUGCAGCUGAUUAUUCUCUCAACUUUUUGUAGACAAUAGCAUGAUGAGCUAAUGUAUAAUUUAUCACUGUGAGAGAGAACAUAUUUGACUUUAAAUGGUGUAAAUUAAAUAUAUGUGGGAACAUAAAUUGAAAGGACUAUGUAAUUUUGUAAUAAUAAGUAUCUGUACAUUAUAAAUUAUUUCAUUUGACUGAAUCUAAAAGUUUUCACUGUAUUGUUUUUCAUUACAUUUCAUUGUUUUCAUACUUUUAACACUUAAAAUUUGACAUAAUUAUGAUUAUGCUUUAUUUUUGUAUUGCAAGUCUUUGUAUGAGAGAACAGGAACAAUGUGGUAAAAACUUUGCAAAAAAUAGUUGAAAGGUGUGUAGACAAACAAUGCUGGGUUUUGGGGUUUUCUUAACUAAAAAAAAAAGUUUGAACUGUUGCCACAAAAACAUCAAGCUACUUCCUGUUUUACUUCCUAAAGUUGCUGCUGAUGAUGGAAAAUCCCAUCAGGAAAGACUAAUCAUGACUUUUUUUAACGUACCACACUGUUUAUUUUAAACUUGUUGAAGUGUGUCAGUUUACUAUGAAUACAGCUUAGCUAUGCUAGUCUCCAGAGAAUCAUAAGUUUUAAUAUAUUAAAACACAAGAUGUGUUAACUAUUCCACCAGUAAGACCAAUUCAGGCCUUAAAGAAUUCCUUUGGGCUGAAGGUUUGGUUAAAACAUGUCUUUGUGUACGUAUUGAAGGUUGUUCACAUACUGAAGUUUGUCAGUGAGUUCUCAUUUCAACGCUGUAGUUAAGUGUGCUUAAUAUAAGUUGUUGGUUUUGGAAAUAUAGACAAAGCAAUCAUUAACACAAGUUAACGACCAUACUAUAUGCUGUGUUCACAACUGCAUGCCCACCACCAAAAGCUUUUGAGCUGCUUUUAUUUUUGUAGACCUUUGUGGGACUAAUGUGGGUCUUCACAGAUCUUUACUUCUUGUUACUAUUUUGGAGAACAAAUUGCUUGUAAUACCUAGUAAAGUACUCACCGGGACAGGCUGUGUUUAAAUUUAGGCUUGUAACUACACUUUGAGAUUCAUUAAUCAUAAGCCAGUUCUUUUAUUUCACCCUCAGUACAAGGAUGAAUUGGGAAAAUCCUUGGAGGGAUGGAAUUGAACGGGACACCUCCAGAGGUCUGUCCCUUUCAACCUAUAUUGCUCUCAGAGUCUACAGAAAAAGGAGUGAGGGAAUUUUGACACUUCAGGGGUCUGGGCUUUGUUACUGUUUUUUAUUUGAAGCUAUUCCAGCUGUAUUGAAAAACUGAAGAUCUGGAUGUGAACAAGGUAUCGUAUAUAGGUACCUAAGCUGCUGCUGAUCCUGAAGAUAGGAAAGGUGCUGUGGACAA